UAUAAACACUUAUUUUCAAAAAAAAAAAAACUCAACGAAACAGAUUAUUUUUUAUUCUACCAAGUCUAAUUAAUUGAUUUUGAUCACCACGUCUUAAAAAAAAAAAAAACCUGUGGUCCUCCAAACACGACGUCGUUUAGUCUUCUAUAUACAUAACCCUAAUUUCAAAAUUGGGAGCGGUGAUGAGAGAAUGAAGAAGAAAGAAAGAGAAGAAAUCGAAGAGUUGAGCGAAGAAGAAAAGAAAGCUCUUAGAGGUAGCAAAUUCGCACCUCUUCCCCCAUCAUUACCACCUUCUUCUUCUUCUUCUCGUCCUCAAACCAGGUUGGCUCAUCCUGGUGGACCAUUGACGACGAAUAAGGCAGCGGCCUUGGCUAAGUUUCUGGAGAGAAAGCUUCAAGAUCCCAAUGGGUUGGCAUCCAUUAACCCAGAUCUUCUCGAGCGCGCCAUCAAAAAUGCCCAGGAGACUGUUCUUGCAAGUACUUCAAGCUCAGGAAGAAUUAUUAAACAUGUAGAUUCAUUUGGAGACACUGAGACUGAGGAUUGUUUGGAAGAAGAGAGUUCUGAACCAAAGAAACAAAAGAAAAAGAAAAAGAAGAGAAAAAACAAAAACAAAAACAAAAAGGAGAAGGUGGUGGAUCAAGCGUGUACGGUGAUAAAAAAACCCAAGAAGAAGUUUAAAUUUUGAUUGGAAUUAUUGGGUUUAUAGUAUCAUAUAAAAGUCUAAUUUUAUUGGGUAAAUUUCGACGAAUAGCUUCACUGGAGAGUUUUUUCUCUUUUUUUUUUUCUCAAUUGAGAAUUAGGAGCUAUCAUGUAAGGAAACAGCCCCGUAAUAAUGUUAUUUGACAAUUUGAUUUAGAAA